GGCGGGGCUGGCUCGGUGCCACGCGCAAUUCCAAAAACACAAAAAAAAAAAACGAGAAAAGUAAAAAUGAAUUAGAAAUUGUGCGCGCUCCGUUGUUACAUAAACGAGGCAUUAUUUUCCGCCCGCAAACCAGCGCUCAACUCACAUGAAGUUGCCCAAAAAUCGUUUCGCGUCCUGCGAGAGUGAAAUUAUCCUGGCCAAGUUGCCGUUGCCGUUGUGCCACCGAGUUCGCUGUGGUCGUGCUGAUGGUGCUCACGUAUAUUAUCCAAUCGAAUAAUCAAAUCAAAACUCAUUACAAUAAAAGCGAAAAGGCGGGCGCGAGAAAGAAAUUAGUGCAAUUCAAUUAAGGCAAUAAGGCCAAUUAAGUUAUUAAAUCGAAUUAACGACAAACCAAAAUAAAAAGGUGCAAAAUGUUUGGCUGCAUUUAUCAGCUUUGGGACUGGUUGGAGGCGCCGCCCCUCUUCACCGCCGGCACCAUGGACGCCAAGAAGCUGCAGCAGCUGCAGGAGGCAGCGAUCCUGGCGCAGCAGCAGAAGAAGCUGCCGCUGGCCUACCAGACGAAUCUCGUGGACUACCGAACGGCGGCCUACAGCCAGGCGUUGUACCAGCAAUCCCCCACGGCCACCAGUUCCAGCGGAGGAGGACCCCUCUCCCCGAUCGAGAUGCAGCCGCAGUCCAAGCACCACAACCUGAUGAAGCACGGUGGCCAUGGAGGAGGCACGUCCAGUAGUUCCCACAGCUCCCCCUACCAUCAGUCCUACUCGAGCAGUGGAGGAACUGCAGCGGGGGAGCAGCUCUAUCAGUCGCCCACGGAGCGAACCUAUCUGGCGGCGGCGGGAAGAUUGCAGGCCAGCAAUGCCAUGGCCGGACAUCAUCCCAUCUCUGCCCUCCAGUCGCAGUACCAGCAACUGCAGGCCGCCAAGAUGCAGGCCCAAAUGGCCACCCAAAGUGAGGCCGCCCAGCAGCAACAGCGGACAUUCGCCAUGCGACAGGCCAUGAACCCGCCCACGAAUCACUACCACAUGAGUCAGUCGCCCAGCAUGGCCUCCAAUAUGACCACUCUCACCCAGCAGCAGCAGCAGCAACAGCAGCAGCAGCAGAGGGCUCCUCCCUCCUCGCUUAACUUGCAAAAUCAAUACCAACCUGCUCAGGGUCCUCUCAAGUUGCAACAACAGCAGCAGCAGCAGCAGCAACAGCAGCAGCAACAGCAACAGCAGCAGCCUGCUAUGCCCAAGCACUACCAGGAGCAAUUGUACGCCCAGCAGCAACAGUUGCAGCAGCAAUUGCAGCAGCAGCAGCAGUUACAACAGCAGCAGCAACAGUUGCAACAACAGCAACAUCGUCACAAAAACGACCUGCAAACCCCGGGUAGUGAACACGGCACAGUCUAUAUCCAACAGAAUCAUCCAGGUCAUGUGGUCAACCAGGCCUGCCAGACCCAGAUAUCGGCGGUCAAGCCCAAGGCCACGCCCAGUUCGGAGGAGUCCUCUUCCAACUCGGCCAAGAGUCCCACCCAUGCCCCAUUGGAUCGGAAGAAGAGUGCCGGUUCCAUACAGGCCCUGAAGUCACCGAUUACCAAGAGACCACCCUCCACACCGGUUACCCUGUCAGGAUGGCUACACAAACAGGGUUCCGAUGGUCUAAAGGUGUGGCGGAAACGUUGGUUCGUCCUGGCCGAGUACUGCCUGUACUACUACAAGGGACCCGAGGAGGAGAAGCUGCUGGGAUCGGUCCUAUUACCUUCAUAUCGCGUAUCCGCCUGUUUGCCCGAGGACAAGAUAUACAGGAAAUUCGCCUUCAAGUGUGAGCAUCAGAAUAUGAGAACCUACUGGCUGGCUGCUGAUAAUUCCGAGGCCAUGAUGCAGUGGGUCAGGGCCUUGGCGGCGGCAAGUUUGAUGCAGGCACCCAGCAGCGGGGAAUCGGAGCCAAGUGUGAACUCCUCGCUGAAUCACAGUGGGGAGAACUCAGACUCCGGCAUUCAUACACUGCAAUCGCAUCCGGGAAAGGGUAACCAGCAGCCCACACCCUCGUCGGAGAAUACGGGCAGCAGUGGAGGAGGAAGUGGAACUGGACAACCCCUCUAUGCAAAUGCACCACCCAAACCGAGGCGGAUUAAUGAUGGAGGAUACUCCUCACCUUCACCGGAGCACAACGAACAGCAGCAACAUCAUCCGCAGCAGCAGCAACAUCCUAGUCGCCGCCUCAUGUCGCCCACGCAGCAAAUCUACCAGCAGCAGCAACACCAACGAUCUCAACAGCAACAGCAACAGCAGCAGCAACCGCAACAACAUCAUGCCAUCUAUGACACUCGAACAGGUCAUGUGUCCACCGCCUUGCAGUUGCAACAGGCGCAGCAGCAAUACUCAUUGGAUCAUCUGGAGGCGCAGUUCCAGCAGCAACAGCUGGACAUGGAGGAGCAGAUUGCUAGGUUGCAGCAACAGAGGGCUGCGGAGGAGAUCUACGGCGAAAGGGAAAUGUACAUGGCCAAGUUGAUGCAGCAGAGGCAGGGUCCAAAUGGAGCCUAUCCCACCCAGCAGCAGUUGUUGCAGGCGGAGCGGAGGACUCCCGAUGCCUAUGGACGCUCCAAGCAGCAGCGACUCUUUGCCGCCGCCGCCGCUGCAGCGGAUUACGAGGACAUCUACAACAUGUCGCAGCUGGCGGGAGCCGGAGGCGCAGGAGGCGUGGCUAUGUCCGCCCAGGAGGCACUUCUUCAGGAGGCCGCCAGCUACCGCCGACCCCUCAGUCCGCCCAGCUACGAUGGAAGUAAGCACGUGCCAGCGAUGCCGCAGCGGUACACGCCCAAUCAUAUGGAGGCCAGUGCCGCUGAUCAACUAAUCAAUACCAUGGACUUGCGUGCCCGCUCGGCGGCGGCCAUAGUGCGUCCCCAUUCCGCUGACUUCCUGGAGUACGAGGCGCGUGCCGAGGCAGCUGCAGCCGCUGCCGCCGCGGCGGUGGCCCAGAGUCAGCAGGAGAGUGGCCGGGCUCCCAGGCCCAAGUCCAGUUUGGACAUCAAUCGCACUCCGGAUAGCUUCUACUACUCGGAGGCCAGCUAUGCGGAGAAGAUGCGGAAGAGUGCCCUGUACCUCCAGAGUGGUGGAGCUGGGCAGGCUCAGCCCCAGCAGGCGGGCAGCUAUCGCACCGCAGCUGGUGACUUCAAUUCCGGAGUGAACACCAUUGGCUAUGAGAAUCCCUACGAGAGGGCCUACAAGCGACAGGAGCUCCUGGCCGAAGCACAGGCUCAGGGAGGAGCAGCCAGCAGCAUGCCGCGGAUGAGUCGAUCCGCCAGCCAAGGACGGUCGGUGGCCUCCCAGCUGCAAUCUCCCCAGCAGCAGGAGGAUCUGCCUCCGCUGAAUGUGCAUCCGGGUUCCAUCUUUCCACCCUCGAUGUCCACGCAGGAGAUCAUCAGCAAGAACGAGCAGUUCCUGCGCUCCGCCAGUGCCCGGCUGCCCAAGAGAGCUGGUGGCAUGGAUGAUGAUUAUUCGGCUGGGAACUCAACGACCACUUCGCCCACCGGCGGAGCAGGUGCCUCCAACUCGCCGCAGCAUCAGGAUGGUGAAAGGAAGCGGGAGGAGUCCAUGAAGCGUCUGCUGGAGUGGAAACAACGCAUGCUGCAGUCACCCUUGACCCGCAAGGGCAUCCAGCAGGGCGGCAGCAACAUGUCCGCCAUGUCCAAGCUGGGCAGUAAUCCCAACAUCCUGCUGGCCUCCACGGCGGUGGCCAGUGGAGCACGCUAUGGCCCCCAGGCGGGCAAAACGGGUCUGGUGGUGGGCAAUGCGAAUGGCAGUGCCCAGGUGGCCGGGAAUCAACUGCAGCCACCUUCAACCUCCGGAAUCCAGCGAUCCCGAUCCGAGAGCCAGGCCAACAUAGGACCCGGCGGAGUGGUGUACAACAGCUACUCCUCGGACGAUGAGGCUGGGACUGUGGAUGAUAGCAUGUAUAGUGCGACGGCAGGAAGGUCAUCGAUAAAGACAGAAACCGAAACAGAAACAGAAACAAUAUUAUCAACAACAACAACAGCAACAACAGCGGCGUUAGCAAUAACAAGUGUUAGCAGUAGCAGAAAUCUAGAGAGUCCCAAAACAACAGAAACAUCAUCAUCAUCAACUGCAUCACUCAAAACACCUGGCAAUGCAAAAUUCCAACUAAAGCCCAUUUUGAAAGUGCAUGAGGCUGGUAAAACCCGCAUUAUUCAGGUGCAACCCAAACAGCUGGAAGAGAGGCCAAAACUCAGAUUGCAAUUGCCCAAGGAGGAGAAGGAGAAGCAGGAGGAUGUGGAUGGUGAUGGGGAUACGGAGGAUGCAGAGCCUGUGCCCAUUCUGCCAAAGAAAACAGCCCCCAAGUCGCCGCAGAAUGCCAAUUAUGUGCCUGUGUACAACAAUAAGCUGGUCAGCAACUACGAGAACAUGGACUUUGCCAAGGCCCCAAUCCCCGAGAGCAAAGCCCCCGACAGCCAGGCAGCGAUUACGGAUCCCGAAGAGACGCCCAUGCUGAUGCAACUCAAGUUGUUCAAGGAGCAGCAGGAGCAGAGGCAAGAGCAACAACUGGAAACGGAGGAGGACCUGACACCCACGGCGGAAAGUAAAUCCAUGCCGGGGGAGGCGAUGGCAGAGGAUUCAUAUGAGGAAAGUAGGGAUGGACAGGAGGAAUCGGAGGAACAGAGGUUAGAGGACGAAGAAGAUGAGAGCACGGCCUGCGAGGAGUACACAGAUGAUGAUAUAGACGAGGCCCUGGCCCAGGAUGAUGAGGAUGAAGCUGUCUUCGAGGAGGCCGAUUCCCAGGAACUCAGGGAGGAGCGGGAAAUGCAGCAGAUAUACGUGAACGAACCCAUUACACCCACCGACCAGCAGUUCGACGAGAGUCACUAUCUGCCCAUGACGCCCAAGAAGGUGGAACUGGGUCAGCCAGGGGUCUUGACCCUCGUCUGCACCCAUGAGUCCUACGCAGAGGAAGAGGAGAAUCACUAUGUAGAGAUGACCAAGGGCAUCCAGGACGAGGAUUGUAGGAGCAACUAUGAGAUCAUGUGCCUGGCCAGCACCAGUUCGAGUGCCUUUAAAGAGACUAAUAAAACGGAGCCUGUCUAUAUGGAACUGGCAGGGGUUAAGGCUCCUCCAGCUCCUCCCAGCAACGAGGAAGCCCACUGCUCUUCGGGUCGUUCCACCCUGAAAAAGGGUAAGAAAUCCGGGUCCGAGACCCUGAAGAAGAAGACCAAGAAGAGGCAGGGCAAGGACAUGCCGGACAUCCUGAAGCCGACCAAAAGCGCUCUGGCCAGCGAUAGUUCGGAUGCGGAUGACGAAAGCAGUCGGCAGCAGCUGGAGGCCAAGAAACUGCGCUCCAGAUCUCGAUUCAGUUUGUCGGAUACCUUCAGACCAGCCUCUUACUAUCUGGGUGCCUCAACCCCUAUGAACAACUACGCCGAGAGUUCGGAUAGUGAGAUAUUACCACCACCGCCCAUACCAGAUUCACCACCACCCAUGGAGGAACUGAAAACGGAGGAGAUCUUCUCUUCGGAACACUAUGAUACGGUGAAGCGAAAGGAUAGUAACACUAAGGUCAACUUGUCAUAUGAACAACUUCCCAAGAUGCAUGCCAGCAAUACCUCCCUGAACUUACCAAAAGCUGUGCCCAGUCCUACCCUGAAAAGUAGUCGUCUUUCCCUACCUGAUCACUUUACCAAAGUGCGGAUGACUCCACAGAGAUUGCUUGUGCCCCAGCAGCAACAUCACGCCAGAACCUUAUCGGAUUCCAAUUAUAGUGGUCAAUUAACAGAUAAUAGUAGUUCCCGCACUUCUUCGGAUCUGGAUCUAUAUCGCAGGAGGGGUACUAGUAAUAAUUCCCUGCCUCUGAGCAGUGAAAACGAAUCUGUGGAGUUCCGACAGAGAUCGGAUUCUGAGCUAGAUCGUCAGCGUUCGAGGAGACCCUUGUCCCAGGAAUCCAUCAGCGAGAUUGAAUCCCUCAGCGAGCAGUUCGAAGAGACCCUGAGUAGUCAUGAGCUGGACACCUACUUGAGUCACUUGCACUUGUCUACUGGCCAAACCACGCCCACCAGUCACCUGCUAAAUGAUGCCAACGCCGCCGCAGGAGCUGAUAUACUAACCAAUCUUAUAAAGCCUCCUAAGACUUUCCGAAAUACCGAGGAUGAGGAACAGCAUUUCUAUGGCAACAUACACUUUCUCUCCUCCACCGACUCCAUUCAGCAAUUGGGCGGCGAGGGUGGAGCUACUGCAGCUGCUCUAAGGAUAAUCCAUAGUCGGAACAACAGCAAUAUAUCCACCCAAUCCGCUCCUUACUACUACUCGGAGUUGCCGGCACCUCCACCUUUGAAUAAUCAACGGGAUAUCCAUGCCCAUGGCCUCAAUAUAGCCCAUAUACACAAUCCCAUCGAUCGGCAUCCUCAGCAGUUCAAUGUGGACGCACUGGUGGACAAGGAUCAGGCCAUCGAUAGCAAGAACAUCUACUCCGGUCAGAAGGACAACCAUGAGAAGCUGAGCAACAAGAUCCUCAAGCUGAACAAAUCCAAGGAGCUGCCGGCGGAGAUGGAGAUGAGCAGCAGUGGAGGAUUAGGAGGAGGAGGUAGUGGAGGUGGUGCACUAAACCAAGGUCCAGUGGUCCAUUCAUAUCAUAUCACAAGUACUAAAAACACAAAUCUCGCUCGUAAGACGAUUGGUGGUAGCCAUAACCCGUCGGAAGAUGGCAAUCCUAACGAAGCUGGUGCUGGUGAAGAUUCGGAGGAGGAGUUGCAGGCGGAGGAGGUGUCCAUCCACAAGAGCCCAUCGAAUAAUGUCCAUCCCAACCUCUCAGUUCUAGGUGGCGAGCUGCUCUGGGAGGAGGAUGCCCUGUGGCGGGAGAGCCUGCGGCGGGUUUCCCAGCGGCAUGCCAGAUCCCUGGAUGAUCUGGACAGGAUUACGGCACCAGUUGCUCCCCUUUCGAGUACGCCCAAGGCCAAGUUGAGUCGCGAGGUGACCUAUGUGAAUGACAGCCAGAAGCCCCGCCAGCAUCCCCUAUCCAACGAGCAUGAUGUGUAUGUACAGCUCCUGGACAACUCCAUCUCCUCCGCUUCGCUGUUGGGCCAGGACCAAACGGAUUCCGAUGUCUACGAGGUGCUGCGCGAGGAGACGGCCUCGAAUUUGUCGCAUAAAUCGAACGAGUUGGAUCGCGAGACCAUCCGGCAGUGGGAUGCCAUGUCCAGUGGGCUAAUGAAGAGCCACCACAGCGGUGCGGAGACCACAGGAGGAGGAGGAGGAGGAGCCAGUGCAUCUCCCCAACUGCCCCUCACCAGCAGUGUGCGCUCCAUCGUCCAGCAGUUGAACAACACUUCCAUGGACGAUACCAAUGGAAAUCCUCUGGUGACAGCCUCGAUUUCCGUGCGCAAUGUGAACAAUCUGCCCGUGGGAAAUCUGACUGUGAAACCGGAUCCCUCGGAUGUCCAGCAGGAGUCCGCCUUUGCUCCAUACUAUGGCGGAGCGGCGGAGACCAAGUACGCCAAGAAUACGGUGCUCACGGAUCGCGGACUCUACGCCGGAAACGGAACUCCUAGUGGGCUGGCCACGUCCACGCCCCAAAAUCACCCGCAGUUCCGGAUGCGGCGCACCGGAAGCAGGGCGGAAAUCGAUAUGCUGGAGCGGGAGACAAGCAGCCAGAUCAGGAAUCGCCUGCGCAGUGCCGAGGGUUUGACCAGAGCAGAAAGCAUCCAGCGAUUGGACUACUUGAAGCAGCACCUUUUGGACCUGGAGCGGCAUUACGAGAAGAGCAAGCCACUAGUCAACUUGGUGGACAACAUGGUCAAGCUGGGAUCACUAUAUCGCAAUGAUGCUAAUGGUAGGGUUCAGCCCGCCACUUUGGAUCGCCUGGAGUUCAAUCAAAGGAUGCAGGAGCGUCAAAUGCUGCAGGAAGAACAGCAGCAGUGGGAGCGUCUCAGUCCCAAUCAGGCGGAGUUGCAGGCCAAGGUGCGUGAGCUCUACCAACUGGAUCAGCUGCUGCAGGAGGAAUCUGGAACUCUGCAGAGUCUCCAGCGCGACAAGGAGGACCUCGAGCGGGCCUUGGGAGGAUUGAGGGCCCGCAUCCACGACAGCAAUGCCACGCCCAUGGCCCUGGAGGCGGCCAAGAAGCAGCAGCACAUCCUGGAGCGCGAGUUGUCGCGGGUCCAUCAACUGCUGGCCGAGAACUCAAAGAAACUGGAGCAGACAGUGGCGGGAAAUGCUCGCCUGGAGCAGGAGCUCCUCCUCCUCCGCCAGAAGGUGCAGGCCACCCGGGGAGGAGCAGCCACCAAUGGCAUGGGCGGCGAUGGUCCGCACAUAAAUGGGGAUGCCUCCGUUUUGGCCUCGGAGCUGGAGCGGGUUCAAUCCCUGGUGGGCGAUAUGCAGAGACAGCGCCACGAACUCAGCUCGGCGGUUCGCCAGCUGACGGAGAACUCGACCAGGUUGUACCGGGAGAUUGGCAACAAGGAGAUGAACGGCGGUGGAUCCACCAAUGGCAGCCUGAAGAAGCGCAGCAACUCCACCAGUUGGACGGAAACCGAUCUGGAUGCCAAUAUGCUGCGAUGUGGAAGUCGCCAGCAGCUGAAUGACUCCACUCUCAACCUAUCCACGCCCCUUUAUGUGGACACCAAUAGCUCCACCAAGUUGAGUGACUACAACCGAUACAAUGGAGGCGGAAGCAGCGAUGCCCUGGAGAUGAGCGGAGUGGACAGUGAUGGCUUCCUGGACAGCAAUCCCUUUGCCAUUGGCCUGGAAAAGCCGGAAAUCAAGACGGUGAGGAUUGUGAAGCGGGAAUCGGAGCGGCGGAAUCGCGAUCGCAGCGAAAGGGGUCUGAGCAGCUCCAUCCAGAAUCUGGAUCAGGUCCUGGAGGAGGAGCAGUAUGCCCAGCAGCAGAGGGAGCAGCAGCUGUACGCCCAGAACUUGGAGGAGCAGAUGAGCAAUGGCCACCAGAGUCGCUCCAAGUCGCUGCCGCGCAACUACAGUGAGCCCCCCAAGCAGAGGCACAGUCGUCACCUGAAUGGCAAACAGCAGAAUGGUCAUCACUAUAACAAUGGCUUCGACUAUGAUCGGAACAGCAACUAUGAGCACCAGCCACCGCCACCACCGGCACCCCAGAGCAAUGGACACCACCAUCAUCCGCCGAGGGAGCACCGGGAGCAGAGGGAGCACCUGAAUCCCCUGGCCAAUGCCUACUUCGCCAAGCAGCUCCAGCAGCAAGUGAAUCCCUCCAGGGACAGUGCCCGAGUGGCUCUGCGCACCAAGACGGACUCCCUGCAGAGCCUGAACAAGAGCCUCACGGACAUCAGUCCGGAGCCGGUGUUCCAGAGCGUGGCUGCCCGCCAGAUCAUCAACGAAAUGUCCGCCGGAUCGGCGUCGGAGGACACCGAGAAGGUGGUGGAGAAGGUGCCACCGCAUCACAAGCAUCGCAGGGCAGUCCCGAGGGAAAAGAGGCGACACUACACUGCGCCAAAUAAUGUGAAUCAGAAGGCCAUGGAGAAGGUGCAGGCCGAGAACGAUAUGAAUCGAAAUAACACCAACUGGCGAGCUCGCGAUGAUCUGGACAUGGAGGUGGCCCUAAGACCUCGAAUGAAUGCCCCCGACGUGGUUCGUUCUGCUCUGGGACAGGGAGAAAAGAUUUCGGAGAAUACCAUAGACAACUUGCUACUGGCGCCCAACAAAAUAGUCAUACCCGAGCGUUACAUACCAGAAACAACGCCCGAACUGUCGCCGGAGGAGAAGAAGCGUCGUCAGGAGAAGGUCGAGUCCAUCAAGAAAAUGCUAUCCGAGGCGCCUAUUAGCAGCAAUGAAAACGAAACUCUGCCGCCUAGCAAAAUCAAUGCCGAGAAGAAGCAGCGUGAACACCUGCUGCAACUUAAUCAAAUCCUGGCCCAGCAGGUGAUGCAGGUCAGCAAGAUCGUGGCCGGAAAUCCCACUAGUCACAACUAAUCCGCAAGUAGCCUGUCGAGUUGUUUCUGUUCACUUUUUGUGUUCACCCUUGCAUUGCAUUUAAUUUUUGUUCACGUUGUGUUUUGCCAAUCGAUAACUGAGAGGGUUCGCAUCACGAUUCGCGAUAAAUGAGUUUGUUGUUCGAAGUUCGAAGCAUACCAGACAUACGUACAUAUACGCAUACCUAGUAUACAUUACACCCCAAGUAUACAGUAACUACAAACAAGAACACACGCGAAUUUGAGAUUUACAGCAUGCUAAACUCACAUAAAAAACAUAAAACUCACUCCAAAAAAAACACAACAAUUCACAACAAGAAAUACUAAAAACCAUAUAUAUAUAUAAACGACAACAAGAAUAAACAGCAACGUAAUAGCAACAAGAACAAGUACAACAACAACAAGCACAAGAACAACAACAACAGAUAUACGAUUACGUAAGUCCAGGUUUGUACACAUUUCGAUUAUACCGAUAUUCAUAAAUAAACAAUAAACGAGUAUAUUGUAGCUUCCAGGCCUUGCAUUUUACAUAUAAUCACGACCAAAACUCUGCUUAGCCUAGAAAUGAAAUAUUGGCUAAAUCAAUUAACCUGCACGCCAUAAAUAUAAUACUAGACUUAAGGCUAUACAGGAAAUAUGCACCCCCAACACUAACCCACUAAACCACACACAAGCCAAACUUACCAAACACUCAAAAUUCAGAAAAAAAAUUAGUCAAACACCAAAAUAAGCACAGAAUUUAAUGUUUUCACCAAAGUGCAAUUGUAUUGGAAAAUAAGGAAGGAUAGGAAUCAAAUUAAUGAUGCAAGGAUAGAAAUAUUAAAUAUUAUAAAAACCUUAUGGACAUAUGGAAAUAAAUAUUAUCCUUUAAAUCUAAACAUG